UCCCCACAGUCGGGAUACAACCACCAAAAUGCAUUACCAGCGCUCAGCCAUAGAGAUUGAAGCCCCCGAAGAGGUUCCUCUGCCAAUUAUUCACAAUCUAAGUGACAGCUCUCUCGGCGACCGCACCCUGGAAGACCUUGAGAUACCCGCCCCCCGAGACCUGCCACUAGCGUACAGUAAGCACUUUGGGAGUGAUCGCUUCCGUGAACUCAUUGCUCAGCGUUCUGGCCUGGACGCGAGCGACAUCCUCGUGGUUCCCGGCGCGUCCGCUGCGUUGUUCAUCGUGGCCACGGCCCUUCUCAACGCCUCGGACCAUCUCAUCGUCACCCGGCCCAACUAUGCCAGCAACAUCGAGACCCCGCGUGCCAUCGGAUGCAAGAUCACCUACAUUGAUCUAGAAUUCGAUCAGGGGUUCCAAGUCGACAUUAAGCGUAUUGAGGAGGCCAUCCAGCCAGGGACGAAGCUCAUCAGCCUCACCACCCCAAACAAUCCGACGGGGACCUGCAUGUCCGCGGCGGAGCUGAAGCAGAUCGCCGAGCUGGCUCAACGGCAUAACUGCUACGUUCUCGUCGACGAGACGUACGCGGAACUCACGUAUCUCGACCGUCUACCGGGGUGCGCCUCGUUAGGUCCUCAUGUUAUCGGUGUCGGCUCCAUGUCCAAGGCUUUUGGAGUCCCGGGGAUCCGCAUCGGCUGGAUCUCCACCAAGAAUAAACAGCUACAGCAGACCUUCCUCGCUGCCAAGGAGCAGAUCAACAUCACUGUGAGCGUUCUGGAUGAGUACGUGGCAGAGCAGGUACUGGAGCGCUGCGAUACACUCCUCCCCCCGACCAUUACGGAGAUGAAACGCCGUCGGGAUGUGGUGGAUGCUUGGGUCCAGUCGGAGGAACUCGUGGAGUGGGUGUACCCCGACGGGGGCGUCAUGGGCUUUGUACGCAUGACGAAAGAGCCAGCUGGGGGCACCGCAGCGUUUUACGAUCGUUUACUAUCAGCACACCAAACGUACGUUGGGCCAGGACGAUGGUUUGAGCGACCAGAUACGUACUUUCGUCUAGGGUACGGUUGGUCGACCGCAGAUAGUCUGGUAAAGGGCCUGGCGGCGAUAUCCAAGGCGUUGCGCGGCUGA